GGUAAGGCUUGGACACUUGCCUUUAGAAACCUUUUAAGUCAAGAGACUUUAGUGAAAGAAAAACAAAAGAGAAGAGGGAGAGAAAGAUAAAGGGUUUUAGAAAUUAGUAACAACAACAAAAGUGUUGUAAAACAAAACAAAGAAACAUGGGAAGACCACCAUGUUGUGACAAAGAAGGUGUUAAGAAAGGACCAUGGACACCUGAAGAAGAUAUCAUACUUGUUACUUAUAUACAAGAACAUGGUCCUGGAAAUUGGAGGGCUGUUCCUACAAAAACAGGGUUAACAAGAUGCAGCAAGAGUUGUAGACUUAGAUGGACUAAUUACUUAAGGCCAGGAAUCAAAAGGGGUAAUUUCACUGAGCAAGAAGAGAAGAUGAUUAUCCAUCUCCAAGAUCUUCUAGGAAAUAGAUGGGCUGCAAUAGCAUCCUACCUUCCACAAAGAACAGACAAUGACAUAAAAAACUAUUGGAACACUCAUUUGAAAAAGAAGCUCAAGAAAUUACAAACCGGAAACAAUUCAGAAAACAAUUUUGCAGAUGAAGAAUUUUCACCAGCUCAAAGGAUUCCAAGAGGCCAAUGGGAAAGAAGGCUUCAAACCGAUAUUCAAAUGGCGAAAAAAGCACUUACAGAAGCACUUUCACCACAGAAAAUAGCUUCUUGUAAUUUUUCUGCUUCAAACCCUUCUAAUAGUACUUCCACUAAAGAAUCAGCUCAAUCUUUUUGCUAUGCUUCAAGUGCUGAUAACAUUGCUAGGUUACUUAAAGGUUGGAUGAAAAACCCGAUAAAAUCUUCGAGAAGUAGUACUUCGGCCGUGACGCAGAAUUCGUUCAAUAACUUUGUUUCUGUUGGGAAUAAUGAUACUGCUUCUAGUAGUGGAACAAAGGGUGAAGUGUUGUCUGAGACAUUUGAGUCUUUGUUUGGUUUCGAGUCUUUGGAUUCGUCGAAUUCGGAAUUCUCUCAUCGGUCGUUGUCACCGGAGGCAACUGUUUUACAAGAUGAAAGUAAGCCAGACGUUGGUUCGGAAAUAAUGCCGUUUUCUUUGCUUGAGAAAUGGCUUCUUGAUGAAGCUAGUUGUCCUGAGAAAAUAGUAUUAGGUUGUGGAGAUGAUCAUGCUCAAGUUUUCUAGAUUUGUUCAUUUUGCGAAAAAAUAAAAUACUUGGUUUUACUUAGUCCUCGCGAUAAAAAUUACACCGCGAAGCUUUAUAUUUAGUAAAAUACGAGCAAAAUCCAGCCGAAUUUUUGGUUGUGAUGUUGAUGCUUGUUCGAAUUGUAAAUUAUAUGGUUUUAAAUUGGGAUCGCAGUUAAGAUUACGCUGCGAACCAUUAUAUUAUAGUAAAACACAAGCAAAUGCAACUGAAAUUGCAAUUGUGA